GUCGUUACUCCAACUUAUAAUCGAAGCUAGUGAAAUGACAGAAAAUACAAGGGAAGCUUUAGCUAAAACUAGUUCGAGAUAUUUUUGUUUCAUUAGAAACUAGUUCAGGCAAUUGCUGUUAUCACAGAGCUCGACAUCCCUGGCAUCAACCCCCGAGAAAUUUCCAGUUUGAUUGGCACCCGAAGAAAGCCGGCUACAAAAAUGGAAAAGUUCAAUAAAGCGCAAGCAAAAAACCUCGCAGCCGCCCAAAAACUAGUGGACACCUAUGCCUCCAGCUCCGAAGAUGAAGGCGAACUCGACGAGAAGCAUAUUCUGGAUCUGCUCUACAAGCACUACAAGCCAUCGGAGACGGUGGGGAGCUCCAAGGAUGCAGCGGCCCGCACCAGUACAUUCCUGGAGAACACACUACACUCGGGAGCGGCCACUUGCCUCAUUUGCAUUGGCAGCAUCCGACGCGUGGAGGCGAUCUGGUCGUGCGGGAGCUGCUACUGCUUCUUUCACCUGAACUGCAUUCAGCGCUGGGCCAACGACAGCAUGAUGCAGAUGAAGGUCAAGGCGGCGGAACAGCAGAACAACAGCCAGGGCCACUACAAUCAUUUGGGGGAGUUUGUGCCACCGAAACGCCAGAAAUCCCUUUACUGGUGCUGCCCCCAGUGCCGCCGGGACUAUCAGCCCGCGGAGAAGCCGACGCAGUACAACUGCUUCUGCGGCAAGGAGGCGAAUCCCCCAUCGCAGCCGUUCCUAGUGCCCCAUUCAUGUGGCGAGAUUUGCGGAAAGCUGCUUCAGCCAAAGUGUGGACACGACUGCAAGUUGCUGUGCCAUCCGGGGCCAUGUCCUCCUUGUGCCCAGCAGGCACCGGUAUCUUGCUUGUGCGGCAAAUCCAGUCCCCGUUCCAUGAGGUGCAUCGACAAGCAAUGGCGGUGCCAGCAGGCGUGCAAGGAUCUGCUGGCCUGCGGGAAACACAAGUGUAAUCAGGUAUGCCAUCGCCCAGGACAAUGUCCACCGUGCACCAGCAAAAGCCUGCAGCCGUGCGAAUGUCAGCGAGAGUCUAAAAUGGUUAACUGCUCCGAUCGAAAAUGGAAGUGUCAAAAUGUAUGUGGAGCUCCCUUUGCGUGCGGCCUACACAUCUGUGAGAAGGUUUGCCAUGCCGGAUCCUGCGGCGAUGGAGAGUGUCCCCUGCAAGUCCGUAGUUGUCCCUGCGGCAAGAACACUCAAGUUAGGCCCUGUAACGAGGCAGAGGAAACUUGCGGGGAUACCUGCCAAAAGCUUUUGUCGUGCGGCCAACACACUUGCACCCAGCGUUGUCAUCGCGGUCCCUGCAUUUCUUGUCCAGUACGAACCAAAAAGAAGUGUCGCUGCGGUCUGCAUGAAAAGGAGCUGCCCUGCUCUAAGGAGUUCACCUGCGAGACCAAAUGCAAACAGAUUCGGGAUUGUGGAAAGCACGCCUGUAACCGAAAGUGCUGCGGAGAUCAGUGCCCACCUUGCGAAAAGAUCUGCGGUAAGCAGCUGAGCUGCAACAAACACAAAUGCCAGUCCGUCUGCCACAACGGACCGUGUUAUCCAUGCAAGCUGGAGUCCCAAAUCAAUUGUCGCUGUGGCAAAACCAAACGCAGUGUUCCCUGUGGAAGGGAGAAGAGUGCACGUAUUGUGUGCCUGGAGCUCUGUCGAAUAUCUGCCAAAUGCCACCACGCUAUAAAGCAUCGAUGCCACAAGUCCGAGUGUCCGCCUUGUGGUCAGGUCUGCGGUUUACCCAACGACAACAGCAAGUGCGGACACAUAUGUAAGGCCCGAUGCCAUGAAGCUGUUCGGGUUAAUAAACCAGCAGAUGGUCGACCACAGGCCAAGAAGUACGAGUACAAGGCUCUUCCCCAUCCCCGGUGCGAAGAAGGCGUGGUUGUCACCUGCAUCGGAGGCCAUGAAGUGGCCACCUGGCCCUGUUGGAACUCCAAGCCCAGCUCCUGUCAGCGCAAGUGUGCCCGCCAGCUCAAGUGCGGCCAUCAUAAGUGCUCGCUAGUGUGUCAUUCAGUGCCGAAUCCAGAGGAUAUGCAACAGCAGGCUGGCUGUGCUAGCUGUGAAGAAGGUUGUGCCGUUCCAAGGCCUGCCGGUUGUGUUCAUGCUUGUCCCAAGGGCUGCCACCCGCCGCCGUGUACUCCCUGUAAUUUUGUGAUCAAAGGCAAGUGCCACUGCGGACUCAACCAAUCGGUGUACAAAUGCAGCGAGUAUUACGAUGAGACAGGCACGGUCCAGGAGAUCGUUGAGCGACGAGAAAAGUUACGCAGUUGCGGAAACCGGUGCUUGAAGAAUUACAAUUGUGGACAUCGCUGCACCGCCAUUUGUCACUCGGGCAAAUGUCCCAAUCCUGAGCUAUGCCGGAAGAAGGUUCGCAUUUACUGCGCUUGCAAGCGACUAAAGCAAGAAAUCGCUUGCGACAAGCAUCGUGCCGGGCAGACAUCCUUGGAAUGUGACUUCAAUUGCACGGCCGAGCGCUCCCGCGCCCAGGCGGCCGAGCAACAGCAUCUGGAGCAGAAGCGACGACACGAAGAGGAGCGCAACCGUCUGGAACUGGAGAAGUUCGAGGCAAAGUUCGGUAAGCGCAAGCACAAGGAACGAAAGACGGUGGACGUGGGCCCCGCCAAGACAAAGAUCGACUGGCAGCGAUACGCAAUCUACGCGGUAUCGCUGCUCACUGUUGUGGGAGCGAUCGCUGUGGCAUUCUAUGCGGAAAGUUGAACGAGCUGAAUGAGGCAACGAUUCAGAAUUUUUAAUUUCAAUUUAAACAGACAAGCAAAUAGAAUUAGUAACAAAUGACUGAUAAGGAUAA